AUGAUAACAUAAAUCGAAAUAUAUAAUCCUUAAUCAAAUCAUCUAUCGUCUGAUGAAGAAUCGAGCUAAUAUCUCAAUCCAGAGUAAUAAGAAUUAAGAAAGUUGAAAAAAAUUAUAGAUUUCACAAAGGAAGAAUUUGAAUAAAUUCGUAAUGAAUUUUAAGAUUAAUACAUAAAUGUUUCUUAGUUUGUUUUUAUUUUGCAAGAAAUAAAAAAAGCUGAUGUUUAAACUUUAGUCUACUUCUAUCAACUUAUUGAUACUUUAGAAAAAAACCUUGUGAAUUUUGAAUAAUUUUCAAAUUUUUUAGUCGAAAUGCAUGAUUGGAUAAAUAGAGAGCAUUCAUUAUAUACAAUAAAAUUAAAAUAAAAAGAGAUAGAAGGUCAGAAAACAAAUCCCAUUGAUAAAAUGUUUGAAAUAGAUGGAUAAUUUGCAUAUUUAGAAUAAAAUUAAAAGAAAUUAUGCAUCUUAAAUCCUAAUAACUUUGGAGAAAUUGCGUAAAUAUCAAUCAGCAAUAUCAGCAUUUUGAAUAUUCUUUAUAUUGAAGAUUUUUAAACAUUGGUCAUGAGUAGUAAUGAUAAAUUUUUAAAUUUUUAUGAUUUAAAAGCCAAUAAAUUAUAAAGUCGGUUCUAAGUGCCUGAAUUACAAAGUCAUUUACAAUAUAGUUAAGAAAAUAAAGUAUCAUAUAAUUUUAUUAGGUUUUAUAUACGGCAACAGAUAAUGGAACAAUCUAUUCGUGGGAUGUAGAAAAAAUAUUUUCAAAAGAAUUCUUGGAAUUUAUAAAAUCAGGACCAAAAUUAUCAGAUUGCUUCAAAUUAGUCAUUGUUGAUUAACCUUUGAUGAUUGAAGAAUAAGAAAAAUAAGAUGGUAUAGUUAAAAAAGGCAUUACUUGUAUGUUAUGCAUAGAUUGCUUAGAAAUAUUGGCAGUAGGAUCAAAUGAUACAUUAAUAAGAUUAUAUGAAAAUAAAAUCAAAGCAGCAUAAAAAUUAAAAGUAGCUGAAACCAUGAAAACUAAAUUGGGAAUUAAAAAAACGUUAUCUGGGGAUCAUAAGAUCUUAUAAGGACAUAAAAAAAGAAUCAAAUAAUUUUCUUAUUGUCCAGAAUUUAAGUAUUUAAUUUCGUGUUCUUAUGAUUAUGAUGUAGUGAUAUGGAAUAUUUAUUUGGAACAUCCAGUAGCAAAAUUAUUAGGUCAUGAGGCUUCCUUAGUUUCAGUUUUAAGUAUAAGUAAAAGAAUGCCAAUAAUUGUAUCUUGUGAUAUAAAAGGUGUAAUAAGAGUUUGGGAUCCUAAAACUUUCCAAUCUAUUUAACAUAUAAAAUUAGAUGAAACUAACAAUAAUAUCAAAUCAAUCAUAUAUUUGAAAUAAAAAGAUAUUGUCAUUGUUGGUUGUAGAAACUUUUUAAUUUAUGAAUUUUAAUAAUCUUUCGAUCCAAAUGUUACAGAUGAUAUGCCAAUUCAAUGCCUAUGCUAUUCAAAUAAAUAUCUUGAACUGCAUAUAGCCACAAGAAAAACAAUAAAAACGUGGUGUGUGAGAAGUGGAUUGAUUAAAAGAUUAAGCGGAAAUUUUGUAAAUCAUGAUAUUUAUACAUUUUGUUUAGAUUACACAUAAAGAAGAGGAUUUAUAGGAACACAUUAAGGAAACAUUUUGUAAAUUAUUGCCUUAUUUUUAGUUGUUUAGAUUUAUUUACAGGAAAAAUUAUUAAAGAAAUGAAAAAUAACUUUACUAAAGAAAUUUCUCAUCUUUCAUAUAGCGAAAAGUAUCAUACUUUAAUUGCUUCAUCAUGGGAUAAAUAAAUCAGAAUAUAUCAUGAUGAAGACAAUAAAGAAAUAAUUUUAAGGAAUAUAAAAAAUGCCCAUCCAAACGAAAUUUAUUGUGGGGCUUUUUCAGAAAAUUUAAUGUUAAUAGCAACAAGUUCAAAAUAAUCAGAAAUACGUUUAUGGGAUUUUGAAAAAGGAACAUAAUUUUCUAGAUUGAGAGCAAGUGGAGAAGUACUCUUUCUCAAAUUCUUGGAUCCUUACCCACUUUUAGCGUGUUCUGAUCAUCAUGGUCAUAUUGUAAUUUAUAUUGUGUUAUCAAAUGAUUUUGCUUUACCAGCAAGUUAGUCCAAAUCUUGUGCAGUUAUUUGGAAAAACAUGUUUACCAUUAUGAAAGCUUCUCCAGUUUAUUCAAUUGAAUUUAAUUACAUUGACAGUUGUUUACUUAUUGGUGAUGAAAAUGGGGAUAUUAGAAUUUUAUCGAUCACGCAAAUUAUAAAAAGUUGUCAAAUAAAAAAAAUUAAGCAUUCCGAUAUUGCCCAAAACAAAAAUCCCCAUAGAUUUUUUUAACUUAAUUAUCAAGAAUAUGAUGUUUAAUUGGAGCCUUUAAAUCCAUUAUUAAGUGAAAGGACUGCAUACCAAGUAGCUGUAUGGAAGGCUCACAAAACCCAAAUUAAAUAGAUUAUAAUUAGUUAUGAGUUUUUAGAUGGUUUAAUAAUAUCAUUAUCACUUGAUAUGCAAGUUAAGUUUUGGAACAAUGCUGGGAAACUUAUUCUAAUCUUAAAGUAAGGAUAGAAUUAACCUUAAAAUUUAGUUACUGUUUAGCUGUUUAAAACAAAAACUUAAUUUCUAAUAGAUUAAGUUGAAGCAGAAUUACCAAAAUGUAUCCACUAUAUUUUAAUAUUUAGUAAGAUCUACUUUGCCAAUCAAAAAAACAACUCGAUUCAGAUCGGUUACUCAACACGAUAAAAAUAAAACGCGCUUAGGAUUUGAUAUAAAAGAUCAAUAUAAAUAACUUGAUUAAAUUGACAGUUUGUCUAUUUAUUAAACUUUAAAGGAAUUAGAAAAAAUGGAAGAAAAAAAAGAAUUAAGGAAAAAAAGAGAAUUAGAAUAAUAUGGGAGAGAUCAGAAAGGGAUUGGUUAAUUUCUAAAUAAAAAAUAAUUUUAUUGA